UCAAUGCCUUAGAUAUUUCGCAUCAAUUCCUUCGACCUGCUUUCUUGCACUGCUAUGGUAACGGGUUGCUUAAAAUGUAAGAGUAGGUGUUGCGUUUUCCUGUACGGUUGCCACAUGCUCGUCCUUUUACCAUGAGAUGGGGGAGAUGAGAAUAGGAAUUGAUGUUUCUGACGUAUUUUUCGUCCUCAGCGCUGAACGAGUUUUCCUCGGCUGUUGCAGUGAUCCUCAAGAGGUUUGUUACCCCGCGUGCCUGUGGGUGACUUAAACUAAGCUAAGCACCGUUGAGUAGUCGAGCACCCCGUGAAAUUGGCAGGUUUACCAGAGACAGCAUUUGAUAACCACGGUCACGUUUGUUUGGGUGUCUGUUACAAUGUGCUGUGCACCACGGCAGAAGGUGUUGAAUAAAUCUCGUGCUAUUGGGCUCCCACAGAGCUCAGUAGUAGGUCUAACAGUAGGUAGAGCGUCACGCAGCCGGUGGUGUUUCCAGUACGCACCAUAUAUCUAAGUGAUUCAUCUACCAUAGUUUCAAUUCCAGUGGGGUUUUAUCGGUUAUGCUAGUAGCGAUUUGAUACGCUGGGGAAGCCAGCUUUCCACCUGUACGGUUAUUCGUCGAGAGUCCGCGGUCAGGGCAGAAUUUUCAGAAUUUGAAAAAAAGCUUUUUUUUUGUUCAGUUUAUUGCCCUAUCGUGAAUUUCGUCGUCUUCCACUUGGAAGUUGUAUAAACCGAAUUUGCAAGGGUAGCCCCUUGCUUCCUUCACCUUCACCUUGUGAUUUCGCAAUUUCUGCUGCGCGAAAGGGGGAAAUUCAUACGGAACGUAGCCAAGACCGUCAGUCCCACUCAAGCCGGACACCGCAUUUGAAAUGAAUCAUUGUCGCUUGUUACCUCUCUUGACAUAAAGCCAAGAAACACAGACAGAAAAUGCUCAGUGCAUCGACCAUUUCUAUUUUCCAUCUAACGGUAGUAUUUAUUUUCCUUGGCAUUUUCACCCCUCACCAAAGCGUAUAUGUUGAUUUUGUUAAUAUAUUUAUGUGGCGCCUUGCUUCAGUUGAGAGACAUUAAGACGUAAUAAACAAUGUUCUCUCUCCGUCGACUAACAGGUGUUUUCCUGUCUGCGUAUUAGAGGCAGUUCAGAGGCACCUGCGUUUCCCCCCCACAUGUGCUGUCAACAGAUUUUGUGGAGAGAUGCACAUCAUUUGCGGCUUUUGUGAGAACAUGAUUGUUGUUUUUAGUUGCGAGCCUCUGAAGAUGACAUAGUUGCGAACACGGUGCUUUUGUUUCGGCAGUAUUGCUGGUGUUUGUACUGUAUGGAUGGAGCUACUGCUUCUUGACAUAUUUCGUUGAAGACUUUUACGAGGAAAAAAUGCGCCGAUGCCGAGAGACGCCCAACACAGAAGCAAGUUUUACAACCAACAACCAGAACAUAUAAACCGGCUAUUCAGUUUUUAAGGCAUAUUGGAAAUACCAACGAAACGUGAAUUUCAAUGCGAAACCACAGUUGCUAAGUGAACGAAAAAUGACUUCCUUACGCGUUUAGGCAAUUGUGGAUUUAUUAGUUUCCGCGAGCGAGUUAAACAUCCUUCGAUCGGCUGGUCGCGGAAGGAUAUUUCUAUAUAUUUUUUAUCUGGAAGUUUUUUUAAACUAUUAGGCCGUCAAACUGGCUAUGGCUGCAGCGAUCGCCAGCUCCCUCAUUCGGCAGAAGAGGCAGGCUAGGGAGCGGGAGAAGUCGAAUGUCUGCCGCUGCGUUAGCAGCCCCAACAAAACCAAAGGAACAUGCGAGAAACCCAGCAGGCUGAGUGUUUUUUCACGGGUGAAACUCUUCGGCUCCAAGAAACGGAGGAGGAGACGACCAGAGCCCCAGCUGAAGGGGAUAGUCACAAAGCUCUACAGUCGACAGGGCUUCCACCUGCAGCUGCAGGCCGAUGGAACCAUCGACGGGACUAAGGAGGAGGACAAUGGCUUUACCAUGUUCAACCUCAUCCCCGUGGGGCUCCGCGUGGUGGCCAUCCAGGGCGUGCAGACCAAGCUCUACCUGGCCAUGAACAGCGAGGGCUACCUGUACACGUCGGAACACUUCACACCCGAGUGUAAGUUCAAGGAGUCGGUGUUUGAGAACUACUACGUGACGUACUCCUCCAUGAUCUACCGGCAGCAGCAGUCGGGCAGGGGCUGGUACCUCGGUCUGAACAAAGAGGGCGAGAUCAUGAAGGGGAACCACGUGAAGAAGAACAAGCCGGCCGCCCACUUCCUCCCCAAACCCCUGAAAGUGGCCAUGUACAGAGAGCCCUCGCUCCACGACCUGACGGAGUUCUCCCGGUCCGGCAGCGGCACGCCCACCAAGAGCCGGAGCGCGUCGGCCGUGCUGAACGGCGGCAAGGUGGUGAGCCAGCACGAGGCCACGUAGCCGAGCAACCGGGGGCCCCACCCCCCCAGGGCGGACGCCCGACACUCGCCUGCGGACUCCUCUGGCCUUCGCCGUUCCCUCAUCGGUUCAGGACAAACACGGAAAACAAAAAAAUACCACCAGCAGAACCACACACACGAUUUAGGCCCGCCCAUUUAUCAGCAACAGCAGCAGCAACAACAACAACAGCAGCACCAACGACGACAAAAUAAGUUAAUAAAUAGCAGAAAUUAACCGCUGUGGUCACGCAUCAUGAAAUCUGACCAGUUAGCUCUUCUGGAGUUUCACUGUCCUGUGGAGCCAGUUCAUUAGUGUCCUGAUAAGGCAGAGCACACCAGGGCAUCUUGUGGACGUGUGUCAGGCAGGGCAAGAGGAGAGAGAGUCUCUGCUCAGUGCAGUGGCAGAGCAGCAGUCCUGUUCUUGAUAGCCUAGCAGUUUCACCCAGUUUGGCAACCCACCAGAGCUGCAGUUAGGAGGUACGGCCCGGCCACUCUCCUGCAUUGCCCCUUAGUGCACGCUUGCAGAGCUUUCCUUUGCAGAGCCAACAUUCAGCUGACCUGAAAAAUAAGGGGGGGGGGGCGGGUUGUAGGGGGGGUUGGACGAGACAUUGAGUGGCUGCAGCUCUGCCUGCUAAUUUUGUCAAUUUCGGAAUUAGCUGGGUGAAUCUUCUUGUUCCCCCCUUGUUUCCCCCCCCCCUGUCCUCAGUGUUUGUCUUUUUUUUUUUUUGCCAUUGCUGAGCAACAAGGGGUCCCGGCACACCAAAGACAGAACUGUGAGUGUCCCUUUAAGCAGUCACACGUCAGCGGAGAGCGGUGGGAUUCUGCUUCUUACUGUACAUUUAGAAAUAAGGGCAAAAAAGAAAGGAAUGUGAUGCACGGUAUGUGAGCAUUAAUGUUUCAGUAUUGUAGGAAUUGGUUGUUUUUCUUUUUGUUCGUUUUUUUGCUGGUAUGCAAUGAGACUGGCGUAUGAGACGACUGUUACUGUAAGUGUCCACCCCCUUUCUGUUUUCUGUCUGUCACUGUCUGUAACCAAUCGAGUAGUCGUGUCAAGCCCUCCCCGCCUUCUCUUUGUGUAAAACGGAUUUGAUGUCACGGAUCGCCAUGGAAACAUGGUGAACCAGUGCCCACCGAGGACCCUGUUUAGUGAAUGAAUAAACUCAUUGUGGUGAUUUUUCUAUGACAAAAUAAAAUAAAAUAAAAUACUGUGGACUUUUAGGUGGCUUAACAUUUUAUAGGAUGUCAUAUUUGUAAAAGUGAACAAAUGUUAAAAAAAAAAUGUAAAAAUGAAAAAAAGAUUAAACUUUUCCCUUUCUUGUACAGGGCAUAUACAACUGACGGUGUACAACAAAGACCCUUUUUUUGUGGGCAAAGUACUCUUUCCCCCUUCAGCAACAUAUCUCCUUCAUACAGUAUAUGCUGCAGGGAUGUUCUUUUCCUUCGUUUAUUUUGUUAUAGGUGAACAUAUCUGUUGCAUGGGAGACAGCAGGACUUUUGGGCUAGAGGCUGCAUGAUGUAGGCUUUGUGUAUUAACCCAUGUUGGAUCAAGUGUUCCAAAACCAGGACAAUAAAACAACAUGUACAAGCAGGUAUUCUGCCUGGUACCUUCCAGUUGUUUAUUAAUUGUUGUAUACACAAAAUGCACUGAAUAAAAUGUUUAUAUUAAGAUAUACUUUUAAAA